AUGAGCUAGUCAACACAUCCUUUCUGUACAGUGGCUUAAAGCUUUUAACCUCUCAGAAUGAAGCUCCUACUUCAUUUGUUUGCCCUCACUCUCGUUAUAACCUCCACAUUUUGUGGAAUCAAGGACUUCAAUGAGCAUUUUGAAAGCCUCAAAGAUGCACAUCCACAUGAAAAUGAGACCUAUGAUAUGCCAAACCUUCCACUGGAGUUCCACAGAGAAAACACUAUCACUAAUGAUCUGAUUCCUGAAGAGGAGGAGGAAGAGGACUAUCUAGACUUUGAAAAGAUAUUGGGUGAAGAUGACUACAGCGACAUUAUUGAUGCUGGUCCAUACAUGAUUUCUGAAAUCCAGCAAGGAAAUAUUCUUGAACUUUUCCAAGGUAAAACCAGGAUCCAGCGCCUCAAUAUCCUCAAUGCAAACUUUGGCUUCAACCUUUACCGAAGCGUGGCGGACAAAGCCAACUCUUCAGAAAAUAUUCUGAUGGCUCCUGUUGGCAUAUCCACUGCAAUGGCUAUGACUUCCCUGGGACUGAAGGGUCAUACUCACCAGGAAGUGUUAUCUGUUCUUGGCUUUGAAGACUUCAUUAAUGCCAGCACUAAGUAUGAGCUCAUGACUGUUCAUAAUCUCUUCCGCAAACUUACCCAUCGGCUUUUCAGACGCAAUUUUGGUUAUACGCUGAGGUCUGUCAGUGAUCUUUAUAUUCGAAAGGACUUUUCUAUUCUGAAUGAUUUCAGAAACAAUAUGAAAACAUACUACUUUGCUGAUGCUCAACCAGCUGAUUUUUCAGAUCCUACCUUCAUAACUAAAACCAAUGAGCGUAUCUUGAAGCUGACGAAAGGAUUAAUAAAGGAAGCUCUUGUGAAUGUAAACCCUACAACACUGAUGAUGAUUCUUAACUGUCUUUAUUUUAAAGGAACAUGGGAAAAUAAGUUUCCAGUGGAAAUGACAACCAAGAGAAGUUUCCGACUGAAUGAAAAACAAACAAUAAAGGUUCCUAUGAUGCAGACUAAAGGGAACUUCCUUGCUGCUGCAGACCCUGAGCUAGACUGUGGUGUGAUACAGCUCCCGUUCGUGGGGAACAUCAGUAUGCUGAUUGUACUUCCACACAAGCUCUCAGGCAUGAAAGCCCUAGAAAAACAAAUAACACCUCAAGUGGUUGAAAAAUGGCAGAGGAGCAUGACAAACAGAACAAGAGAAGUGGUUCUGCCUAAAUUUAAAUUGGAGAAGAGCUAUGACUUGAUUGGUUUUCUGAGAUCCAUGGGAGUAGAAGAACUGUUUAAUGAAAAAGGCGACUAUUCUGGUAUAUCAGAAGAAAAAGUCACUAUUGACAGGUUCAAUCACCAAGGCACAAUCACUGUGAACGAAGAGGGCACAGAGGCUGGCGCAGUAACCAACGUGGGGUUCAUGCCUCUUUCUACUCAGAUUCGCUUUAUUGUCGAUCGACCCUUUUUGUUUCUAAUCUAUGAACAUCGUACCAGCUGCCUUCUGUUCAUGGGCAGAGUUGUCAACCCUGCCAAGUCUUAAAAGCGAAGAUCUCCAGCAUGCUCUUAUACACUGGCUCUAUGAUUAUACAUUAAUAUACCAAUAUCGUAAAGGAAAUUUUAUUGUCAUAUUACACUUAGUACAAAUGCCACUGCUAUCAAAACAAAAUAUUGUAUCUGCGGAUAGUUUCACAUGAAUGGACUCAUAGCAGUAGGUGAUUUGACUGCAAUUUUAAAUAGUUAGUACCAUGUAUUGAUAUAAAUGUAUUGAAAAAAAAUCACAAAGUAAUUCACCCUUCGUUUUCUAGUUCAGUGUAUAAAAUGUAAUCAAUAAAAUAUUUAGACUAUCUGGAUGCUUAAAGUUUAGCUCUAAAUUUGUGCUAGAGUGCCUAUUUUUAGGAAAUGGAAACAAGCAAUUCCUGAAUACCUGACUGGUCUUAGAAACCUAAACCUUUGCUGGGUAUUUUAUAUAAUCUAACUUGAAAAAGAACAGUUAUCUGCAUUCUUGUUUUUGCUUGCAUCAUUUAAUAUUCAACAGAUUUAUAGAACCUUGUUGAUCAGUGGCCAAACAGAAGGAGAUAAAAUGUCUUGGAGGAAUGAAACAUUCAUGGAGCCACUAUUUUCCCCAGCUUAACUUCAAUGAUUUCAAAGUCCUCCUCUGCUCUUCAUCAGUACAAGGAAUACCAGAAUUAGGCCAAACAGGUAAAUAAAAGAUCCUUAGAAUAUCUUAUAUUGAAUAGAUGCUCAUUUCAUGAGUUCUGUAUCGCCUAUUCCUCUCUACCACAAGUGAUUUCUAGCAACUACAACGUAUGUUAAGGGUUCAAAUAUGCUCGCCAGA